AUGAAGGAAAAACGACAUAAAAAAAAGGAUAAAAAAUCUCAUAAACGAAAAUCCAAACGUGAUGAAAAAAGCGAUAGACGAACAAACUCUACUGAAAGCUCUAGUUCUGAUGAUUGGGUGGAGAAAAAAACAGUAUCGAAGAAAUCAGAUCGCGAGGAAUGGAUGUCGAUGACCGGAAUGAUGAAAACAUUUACAAAGGAUGAUAUUAAACCAAAGAGAGAAGUAAAAGAAAAACAUCAUAUUGAUUCUUAUAAUCCAGCUACAAGUAGUAGAGAACUUAAUCCUUAUUGGAAAGGUGGUGGUUCCGGUAUACCUCAAACUCCAGAUGAUUAUAGAAAAUCAAGACAAUUUUUAAAACCAUCAAAUGAUGAUGAUUUCUAUUCAUCGACCAAAAAUCAGAACAAACAAGAAGCCAAAAGAUAUGAUUUAAAUGUAGACAAAUCAUACAAUUGGCGAAAGCAUUCAAAGGAAAAAAAAGAGUGUGUGCAAGAAGAAAUUGCACAAUGUAGUGGAGAAGUAUCUUCUAUAAAUAUUGAUAAAAUAAAAUCUGAAGCAUCUAGAAAUCAGUCUAAACACCAAGAUAGUUUAUAUUUGUCAGAUGAAAAGAUGAAUAAACUUGGUGCUAAAAUUGUGAAAGCUGAGAUACUUGGAGAUAUGAAAUUGGUAGAACAGCUAAAAGCUAAGUUAGAAGCAGCUCGGGAAUAUAGGAAAAACAAUCCCAAUGCAGGAAAAAUUGAUGAUGAUGAUAGGGUAUUGUUAAUGUCUACUUCAACUAGUGGCAAUAGUCGGCCACUUGUAAAUAACCUUGGAGAUCCCCAUAGCAAAGGUGGAAAACGAAAAGCAGAAACUCAUAAUAGUAGUGGAAGACUAAAAUACUUUGGAAAUGAUGACAAGUAUGACUUAGCCCGAAUGUUUCAAGAAGAGAAAUAUGGCUCUAAUUAUGAUGAAGAUGCAGAGUUGGCAAAAGUUGCUAGUAAAAGUAAAAAUCCAAAUGAUGAUCUGGAAGAUAUAUUUUUGGACAAUAUAUCAAAGAACAAAAAUGAAGCUAAAGAAAGUGAGAAGGAAAGACAGAGGGCCAUAGAACAGAAUUUAAAAUUAGAAAGAUCAUUAGAUGGUUGUAACUAUUGCUUUGAUUCUAGAAAUAUGUUGAAACACCUCAUAACAAGUUGUGGCAGCAGAAUUUAUAUGGCAUUACCUGCAACAAAAUCACUUGUGCCAGGACAUUGCAUUCUUAGUACUAUACAACAUUUAAGUUGUGUGACUAAUGUAGAUGAAGAUGUGUGGGAAGAAAUAAUGAAUUACAGAAAGCUAAUCACUCAGUUCUUUAACUUGCAAGACAAAGAUGUAAUAUUUUAUGAGACUGCUAUCAAAUUAAAUCGAUUUCCUCAUAUGGUUAUAAAUUGUGUUCCAUUGCCAAGAGAUGUUGGGGAUAUGGCAUCAAUUUAUUUCAAAAAAGCUUUAUUGGAAUGUGAAACUGAAUGGGCAAUGAAUAAAAAAAUUGUAAAUUUAAAAGGAAAAAAUAUUAGAAAGGGGAUUCCUAAAGGCUUGCCAUACUUUUGGGUAGACUUUGGCAUGGAUCCAGGUUUUGCUCAUGUCAUUGAAGAUCAACAUCUGUUCCCAAAAUCCUUUGCUGAGGAAAUUAUUGGUGGUAUGUUGGAUUUAGAUCAUAGUGUAUGGAAAAAUCCUAAAAGAGAAUUUGGAGAUGUGCAGCGAAAAAAAGUGGUUGAGUUCAUGAAAGACUGGCAACCCUUUGAAAAAUCAAUGAAAAUUCAAAAU